AUGAAUCCAAAUGGCAGAAUUAAAGUGAGCGUCAUGAGUCGAGUGAUAAUUGCCAGACGCAUUCAUUCAGAGAGAUAUCAACUUUAUCAGGUUUAUCGGAUAUCCAAAGACAGACCAUUGGUCUAUGAAGAUUUCGGUUACUGGAGUAUCAAUGAAGGUCUUAUAUUGACCAAACAAAAAGGGGAGAUUACCACAAGAAGAAGAAAUCUUCAAGGAUUGUUUUUUGUCAUUUCAUCUACUCUAGAGCAUCCGGAAACAAUAAACUACUACAACACAAUAAAAUAUCCGGAAACUGAUUCAGUGAUAAAACAAUCUUAUGCCAUGUUCGCAAAUCUGGUUGAUAUUGUCAAUAUGACCUAUGCCAAUGUGUUCCACAAUAGUUUUGGGCAUUAUAAUGCCACAACUAAAAAAUGGACAGGUCAUAGCGAAUCGUUAAGAAGUGGUGCAUCAAAUUACAGCGCAUCAGCAAUGGUAGUGAUGAAACAAAGACUACCCAUAAUGGAUUUUGUCAUUCAGAUCUCGCAAAGAGUCAAAAUCAAAUUCAUCUUUAAAAAUCCUCCCACAUCCUAUGUUAAAGACAUCUUCAUUAUAUCAUUCCACAAUCACGUGUGGUACGCCCUUUUUGCAACAUUCCUAUUACACUGUAUCUUCAUAGGAUAUCUGCUAAAUAUCGAAAAAAAAUAUUUUGAUAACACUACAGGUGAUGCUAAAGAUGGAGCUUUAGUCACAUUAGAGUCCAUCAGUCAACAAGGAUCAGUAGUAACAACCAAAACCCUAUCAGGAGCAAUACUAUUCUUUGUUCUAUCAUUAGCAUGCAUGUUUUUCUACAAUGCUUACUCUAGCAGUAUAGUAACACUCUUACAAAGCACGACUAGUAUCAAUACAAUUGAAGAACUAUUAAACAGUCCAUUUGAAGUUGGAGCUGAAGACACAAUCUACAUCAAACACUUCAUGAGAGUUGAUACAGAUCCAGUAAGAAAAGCCCUGUAUGAUACUAAAGUAACUGAACAUGGUUUCCUGAAUUUAAAAGAAGGUCUCGAUAGAAUGCGUAAAGGUGGAUAUGCAUUUCACAUAGAGAAGAACCCUGCGUAUUAUUAUAUUCUGCGUCAUUUUGAUAUCAACGAGAUAUGCUCCCUGCAACGUAUAGAAGCAUUGUAUCUACCAUCACAUUUGAUAUACAUUCCAAUGUAUAAAGCUUCACCAUAUAAGAAAAUCAAAAAAGUCGGUGCUUUUCGAAUAUUAGAAACAGGAUUACAUCUACGUCAAGUGAAGCUCUUUGACCCGGAACCCAAAUGUACUGGAAUAGCACCCUCAUUCAAAACAAUCGAGCUGGUUGAUGUCCAGACUGCUUUCGUGACAUUCUUGAUUGGUUUAGAAACGGGUCGUGUGGUGCCGGAAAUCGGGGAACGACCUUUCUAUAAUAGGAUUGCCCAACGAAUUUCCGGAAAUAAAAAGACCUAA